GGCAACAUAGCGUAACCGCAGGGGCGCGUCUGGGGCAUCGGCGCCCGGGAGGAGGGUGGCGCUGGUCCCUGCGGGCGCUCCCGCUCCGGCGGCGCCCUCGCCCUCCUCCUCCUCCCGCUCCCAGCUGGGCCAGGUGUCGGGUUGCGCCCAUCCCACCAGCAUCGGGGCGGGGCGCUCCUCUGGCUGCUCCAGCGUCGGCGGCGGCGGCGGCAUUGCUGGCCGGGCUCCCGCGGCGUCCUCGCCUGUCCCGCUCCAGCUCCGCGGCGGCGAUCAUGUGCAGCCCGGUGGAGCGGCGCCUGGCCGGGCUGCGGGAGGCGCUGCUGGGCGAAGGGGCGGCGGCCGAGCCGGGGCUGGAGGCGCUGCUGGACCUGCUGCUCUGCGUCCACCAGGAGUGCAGCGGCGCCCCCCUGCGGCGGGAGAAGAACGUGCAGCGCUUCCUAGACUGGGCCUCCCCUUUCGCCACCAAGGCCAAGCAGCUGCGCUUGCGAAGAGAUGACUUUGAGAUCCUGAAGGUGAUCGGACGAGGGGCUUUUGGCGAGGUGGCGGUUGUGAGAAUGAAACAGACAGAGGAGGUUUAUGCCAUGAAGAUUCUACACAAAUGGGAAAUGUUGAAGAGAGCAGAGACGGCUUGCUUCCGGGAGGAGAGAGAUGUGCUGGUCCGCGGGGACAGGCAAUGGAUCACCACCUUGCACUUUGCCUUCCAGGACGAUCACUACCUGUACCUAGUGAUGGAUUACUACGCAGGAGGGGACCUCCUCACCCUCCUUAGCAAGUUUGAGGACCGCCUGCCUGAGGACAUGGCUUGCUUCUACCUGGCUGAGAUGGUCCUGGCCAUCCACUCGCUCCACCAGCUCCAAUACGUUCACAGGGACAUCAAGCCGGACAACAUCCUCAUUGACACCAACGGGCACAUUCGUCUGGCCGACUUUGGCUCCUGCCUGCGCCUGCAUUCAGAUGGCAUGGUGGAGUCUUCUGUGGCUGUGGGGACCCCCGAUUACAUCUCCCCAGAGAUCCUGCAGGCCAUGGAGGACAGGAAAGGGAAAUACGGCCCCGAGUGCGACUGGUGGUCCCUGGGGGUCUGCAUGUACGAGCUGCUUUUCGGGGAGACCCCGUUCUAUGCCGAGUCCUUGGUCGAGACCUACGGCAAGAUCAUGAACCACGAGGACCACCUGCAGUUUCCGACGGACAUCACUGACGUCUCGGAGAGUGCCAAGGACCUCAUCCGAGGGCUGCUGUGCCGGCAGGAGCUGCGCCUGGGCCAGAAGGGCAUUGAGGAUUUCAAGCGCCACCCCUUCUUCAAAGGCAUCGACUGGGACAACAUCCGCAAAAGUCCCCCGCCCUACUUGCCCGAGGUGGCCAGCCCGGCCGACACGUCCAACUUCGACGUCGACGAUGACAUGAUCAAGGAGUCGGAGACACUUCCGCCUGUAUCCCACGCUGCUUUCUCUGGCCACCACCUGCCUUUUGUGGGAUUUACCUUCACUUCUGGGAGCCUCCUCUCUGAGAGGCACCCGGCCUCUCCCUCCAGCACUGCCCGCCUAGAGAAGAGAAUCCGCCACCUGGAACGGGAGAAAAUGGAGCUGGCCCGGAAACUGCAAGAUUCUCUGGCAAAAUCCCCUUCCAAGACUCUGGCCAAGGACUCUGAGUUCAGGAGCCUCCAGAACGAGAUGGCGGCUUUGCAGAAGCAGUUGGCAGAGAAUCGGUUGGAGAGUGACAAGGUUCAAAGGCAGCAGCUUGACCGGGCGGAAUCGAGACAGGUGAAGACCCUGGAGGAACGUGUGAGGAUUCUGGAGGAGGAGAAGAAUGAAGCACUACAGGAUCUGGCCAAGGCCCAGGAGCAGCUCCAAGCUCAGGCCUGGGAGCUGCAGGAAGAACAGCUGCAGCACAAGGACACCUCUGAGGAGCUGCAGAGUGCUGAGGCCAAGUGCGGGGAACUGCGAGCCCAGCUGCUGAGACACUCCCGGCAGCUGCGGGAGCGGCAGGAGGAGACGGAGGCAGCCUCGCGGAGGGUGGAAGGGCUGCGCAAGGAGCUGGCUCGCUCAGAGAGCGGGCGCAAAGAGCUGGAGGCUCGGAUUGAGGGUCUCAUGAACGAAGUCUCCAAGCAGCGGAAGGGGAGAGAGAGGGCCGAGCAGCAGCUGAGGAGGCUGAAGGAGGAGCAGGAGGAGCUGAGGGUGAAACAGAACGCAUCCUUUUUCCUGGCCUCUGGCUCCAGGAGAUCAGGAAGUGUUUCCUAUACAACAAAGGAGGAGGUGAAAGGCCUGCGGGAGGCGCUGCAGACCAGGGAAAGGCAGCAGGAGGCCUUCCGAGCUGAGAUUGCCCAACUCCAGGAGCAGCUGGAGAAAGCCAAGGCUGAACGUUGGGGAAAUCUGGAUCCAAAGGACUGGCCCAAAGAACCACACAGUUUGCUGCCCAGGGAAGGUGUCAGUGCCCUGCAUUUUGGAGACCAGGUGGAUUCACUCGGCGCCAACAGCCCUCAACAGGAUCAAGAACAGUGCUCUUCAGAGACCCACAAGUUAGCCUUUGCCAACUGGGAGAUGCAGAUCACGGACAUCUUGCGGUGGGUGAGUGAUGAGAAGGAGUCGAGGGGCUACCUUCAGGCCAUGGCGACCCACAUGAUGGAGGAAGUGGAAGCACUGAAGCAGACGGGGGCACAGAGCCCCAAAACUCCGGACACCCUCUGGAAGGCACGGCGGCUGCAGAAAGUGGAGGCGUCUGCCAAGUUGGAGCUGCAGUCGGCCCUGGAAGCCGAGAUCCGGGCCAAGGGAGGCGUCCAGGAGGAGCUGGAUAAGCUGAAGGUCUCGCACCUGGCGGUUGAGUGCCAGUUGCAGGAGGCAGAGAAGCAGAACCGGGCUCUGCGCCUGGAGCUGGAGAAGGCCAAGGGAGAGCUGAAAGGACGGUCCCAGGAAGGCACCAAACACCAAGGACCUCUGAUUCCGUUCCUCUCCUUCCGAAGUGCCAGCAAGGACGCUAUCGUUUUUGGGGGUGCCCCAGAUUCCCAGGAGGCUCGGAAGGCCACCGAAGAGGUCCAGCUGCACCCCGAAGGGCGGAGGAGCCUGCGGUCCAGCGUGCCACAUUCAACGUCUUCCACUCAGUCCAUUGCGGGUUCUUCAGAGAGCAGUAACAGUUCUGGAUCCUUGAAGCCCAAAUCGCACAGCUUCAAAACCCACAGCUUCUCCACACCCACCAAGUGUAUGCGUUGCACAUCCCUGCUGGUGGGGCUGGUCCGGCAGGGCUUGACUUGCGAAGCCUGUAACUUUGUCUGCCACGUAUCCUGUGCUGGAGGGGCCUCCAUCUGCCCCCUACCCCCUGAACAGCUCCAGAAAACCUUGGGGGUCAACCCAACAAGUGGAACAGGGACGGCAUUUGAGGGGUUCCUGUCGGUGCCCAAGCCUUCCGGGGUAAAGAAAGGCUGGCAGAGGGCUUUUGCCAUCAUCAGCGAUUUCAAGAUCUUCCUGUUUGAUGUGCCAGAGGGGAAGGCAGCACAAUGCGACGUGAGCAUCAUGCACGUUACAGACAUGAGGGAUGAACAGUUCUCUGUGGCUCCAGUCCUGGCAGCAGACGUCAUCCAUGCCAGCAGCAAAGACGUGCCCUGCAUAUUCCGGGUGACGGCCUCUCAGCUGAGCUCCCCGCACACAACCAGCUCGAUGCUGUUCCUGGCUGACAGCGAAGGGGAGAUGAGGAAGUGGGUGGAGGUUCUGGCGGAGCUGCACCGCAUCCUGCGGGAGAACCAUCACCACGACCGCACCGUCUACAUCCUCAAGGAGGCCUACGACAACACCCUGCCCUUCAUCCCCCAUGCCCUGUCGGCAGCCAUCAUAGACAGAGAGCGGAUUGCUUUGGGUACAGAAGACGGCCUGUUUUUGAUUCACCUCCGGACAAAUGAUGUGCUUCAGGUGGGGGACUGCCGCCGGGUGCAGCUGCUCCUGGUCUCUCCCAAGGCCCAGCUGCUCUCCGUCCUCUGCGGCAAGAACCACAGCCUCCGCAUCUUCUCCUGGGCGGAGCUGGAGACCCCGGAGGCCAUGGGGACCAAAGUGGUGGAGGCCAAGGGCUGCCAGGCGGUGGCUGUGGGGCUCGUCUGCCGCGGGACCACCCCCGUCCUCUGCGUGGCCUGCAAGCGGCAGGUCCUCUGCUUCCAGCUGACGGCCACGCGGCCCCCCCACCGGCGCAUCAAGGAGAUCCAGGCACCCGGCUACGUUCAGUGCUUGGACAUCCUGGGCGACCGGCUGUGCAUUGGAUGCCCCUCCAGCUUCUCCCUCUACCCUCUGCUCAACGAGGGACCCCCCGUGAGCCUGCCCCACCCCGAGGACCGCCGGGCAGCCGCCGUGACCCACAUGGAAGCGCUGAAGGCCGUGGAGGUCAGCCUGAGCGAGCUGAUCCUCUGCUUCAGUGGCUUUGGCCUCUACGUGGAUGGGCAGGGGCGCAGGAGCCGCCCCCAGGAGCUGAUGUGGCCCGCGCCUCCCCUCAAUUGCUGUUACAACGCUCCGUACCUGUCAGUAUUCAGUGAGAACGCAGUCGAUGUGUUUGAUGUUAGGAAAGCUGAGUGGAUUCAGACGGUGUCUCUGAAAAAGGUACGAGCACUAAAUCCUGAGGGCUCCCUUUGCACUUUUGGCAGCGAGAAAGUCCACCUGACUUACCUCAGAAACAAGGCAGCUGAUCAGGACGAGUUUGAAAUCCCCCAGCCGACGGACAACAGCCGGCGGCACCUUGUGAGGACCAGGCACAAGCGCCGCUUCUCCUUCCGGAUCUCUGAGGAAGAGCGGCAACACCAGAGGAGGGAGAUGAUGCGCGACCCAACCCUCCGCUCCAAGCUCAUCUCCAGCCCCAGCAACUUCAACCACCUGGUCCACGUCGGGCCGGGCGAGAAGCACCACCAGCUGCAGGACCUGCAUGUGGCCCAGGAAGAGAAGAGGCGAGAGGCUCAAGUCCGGAUGCGCUGCAGCAGCCUCUCCGAGACCCGGCGCCCCUCGGCUGCGGGCGGCACUGGCAGGACCCUGGGAGCCGCUGGUCCUUCCUUCUCCUCCUCCUUAAAGCACAAGUCUGGCAGCUCCAUGUCUGAUGACUCCUCUGCUGCUGCUCCGAGCUUUGGCGUGGGCAGUGCCACGCUGGCAGAGCAGAUCUUGGAUAAAACGCAGAGCCUCCCUCCGUGCCCAGGAAGCACCAGUUCCACAUGAUGGGAAGCAUCACUGCCCGGCUGCAGACCUGCCUUGGACGGCUCUGGCUCCUUUGACUCUGGCCACAAAAAUGUGCCUCCCUGUCUGGACUCGAAGGGCAAAGCACCGCCUGGCAGAUGCCCAGAGGCAGUGGGAGACUGCCAGCCCUUGUGAAGCGGCCUGGAUCGCAGCACUUCAGCCUUUGAAGGUGGACCGGGGCUGGAAUGGGGGUCGGCCAACCUCCAUGAGGAUGCAGCAAGAACUUCUCCCACCCCACAUCUCAGGGAACGCAGCAGGCCACGCCCAGCUGCCUCAGCACCUCUGCCCCCAACUGCCCCACCAGCUCUCUCUUCUCCACAUGCACCUGAACCCCUCUCCACCCACACUGCAAAAGCAGCAAUGGGACCAGAACCGCCUCCCUCCAGCCUUGAUGGAAACAUUUUUAAAAGAGUCCCUAACGUUUACUUUUUACAAAAGCUAUGCUACUUUCAGCCAUAUUCUAAGUAAAGCCUGAGACCGUCGUGCCAGCAGCAGCGGGGUGGUGGUGUUGGCAAGACAAACGGGUGCCCUUUGAGGGCCAACCUGCAGGAUGUGCACCCUCGCAGGGAGCAGAGGGACCCGCUCAGGGAAUGGCAAAAUCUCAGCCAGAAAGAAAAUGCAUUAAAGAGUUAAAAAGACAGUGCCGCUGGCAGGUUUUCUCAGGGGUGGGGAGUCACUGGAUAAAGGGGGAGAGGGGAUAAAAGGUUUGAUGCCACGUUGCUCCUCCAUCAGUCUGGUUGGCAUGAAGUGUGUAUGAACAAGCACAGAUUGGAGUGCCUUUUUCACCUUUGCUGGAGCUGCUGUGGUGCGCUAAUCAAAUUAAAGCCAUGGUUUGGCUUAGCACAA